CCGCGCGGUGGCUGCUGGGUGCCGCACGCCUUGCCUUCCUUCGCCUCUCCCCUCCUCCUCCCCUCCCCGCCCCCUCGGCCGCUCCGCUCCCUGGCGUGACUCGGCACGGAGAGUCCCGGGAGUAGACGCCGCGGUCGCCGCCUCUUCUGUCCAGGCCUCGGCCUUCUUGAGCGUCUCUGCUUCCUCUCCCAGGUCAUCUUCUUCAGUUUCGAAGCAGGUGGCGUCGCGGCCACCCUGCCGGGCUCUCUGUGAGGAUGGUGGGGGUGAAGCCGGUCGGGAGCGAUCCUGAUUUCCAGCCAGAGCUGAGCGGCGCGGGCUCCAGACUCGCCGUGGUCAAAUUCACCAUGAGAGGGUGCGGGCCAUGUUUGAGGAUUGCCCCAGCAUUCAGUUCUAUGAGUAAUAAAUAUCCACAGGCUGUUUUCUUAGAAGUCGACGUACAUCAGUGUCAGGGAACAGCUGCCACCAACAAUAUAUCAGCAACACCUACAUUUUUGUUUUUUCGAAACAAAGUGAGAAUUGAUCAGUAUCAAGGAGCAGAUGCUGUGGGAUUAGAAGAAAAAAUCAAGCAGCACUUAGAAAAUGACCCUGGAAGCAAUGAAGACACAGAUAUUCCAAAAGGCUAUAUGGAUUUAAUGCCUUUUAUUAACAAAGCUGGUUGUGAAUGUCUUAAUGAGAGUGAUGAGCAUGGAUUUGACAACUGUUUACGAAAAGACACGACCUUCUUAGAAUCUGACUGUGAUGAACAGCUGCUUAUUACUGUGGCAUUCAAUCAACCUGUUAAGCUUUAUUCCAUGAAAUUUCAAGGACCAGAUAAUGGUCAGGGUCCUAAAUAUGUAAAAAUUUUUAUCAACCUACCCCGAUCUAUGGAUUUUGAAGAGGCAGAAAGAAGUGAACCAACUCAAGCUCUGGAACUGACAGAGGAUGAUAUUAAAGAAGAUGGCAUUGUUCCACUUCGUUAUGUUAAGUUUCAGAAUGUUAACAGUGUAACUAUAUUUGUUCAGUCCAAUCAAGGUGAAGAGGAAACAACAAGAAUUUCAUAUUUUACUUUUAUCGGUACUCCAGUCCAGGCAACAAACAUGAAUGACUUCAAACGACUUUUUUAAUCCAACUCAAAUGAACUAAAAACAGAAGAUAUUUUAAAAUGAAGUAAUAUAAAGAUUGACCUUGUCUCACUCUACUCCCCUCCUUGCUUCUCUGCUCAUCUAGCACCUGUCUGCUCUCACCCUUCCCAUGUUCUCGCCAUUGUUGGUGCAAGAUUUCUACAGCUUCUGUCAUCUGGAUCAGCCUUGUUACCUAGGUUUCCUCAACCAUCUCUUUCUUCAGAUCUCAUCCUAGUCAUGUUUCUCAGUUGGCCUUUUAUUUUGUUUGGCUUUUGUUUUGGGCUUGCAACUAGGUGCUUUAAUUUUAUUACCAUACCAUGUUGCUCACUAGCCUAUUUAUUUUUUUUACUUUCUACCAUUUCAUAUUUAAUUUUGUACUACAUUUUGAGACGUAAUAUCACAAUAAACUUAAAUUGUUAUGAAUGGCUUUAGAUUUACCUGGUUGUUUUAAUCCAUUCUAAACUUUAAAUUUUAUUUUCUAGGAACUAUAGAAUUCUUUUGGAAAUCAAAUAUGGCAGUUUCAUCAAGUUCUUUUAUAUUUGUGCUAGUUUAGUAUAUUGAUUGCAUUUCAGUUGAGGGGUGUUGGUUUUCUUUUUCUCUUUGAACGUUAGCCCCAUAAUCCUUGUGAUGAUUGACUGGGGCAUGUCCUCUGCUUUUACCUACCCAAGUGAGCUCAAGACCAGUUGAAGGACUUAUGGACUGAAUAUUAGGCUGGGUUAACAUAUUAAUAUAGAAGAUCAAUGGAUUCUUUACUGAAUAAAUAUUUUCUUACACAUAAUUUUUAUGUACCUAGAUUUUGGUUUGUCUGAGGUGUAAUAUAAAGACUUAAGAAUGAAUAAAAAGAGCUUUGCGUUUGGGAUGACAAUC